UCGUCGACAUGUGUGCCUCUUCGUGCAGCCCCUGCGACGUCGUUCGCGAGAACUAUCAGACGAGACGCGCGCGCCGUAUUGAGGCGACAAGCGCCAGCGAAAAGAGUAACAGCAGAAUUCGUGGCGACGGCGUUCGUUGGCGAGACGCGCACUCCGAGUUCGUUCAGGGCGCGGCGUGCCUCAUCGAAGACCAAAAGACAGAAACGACGUGGGAAAAUACGUCCUGGGAUGAAAUCAGGAAGGCCGCAUUGGAGCUGGCGACUCGGUCAGUGCCGACCUUGUCAGACGAGGUCAUCGAAGGACACAUCCUCGAAGCUGCAGCCAAAUGGGACGGCUUCUACGACGCUAGAGGAUCUCGCUUCUUUAAAGAUAGAAGCUAUCUCGGCCGUGCCUUCUCCGAGCUGUGUGUAUCCGGACACCAACAGAUGCCUCGAGCCAUGGAAAUAGGGUGUGGUGUGGGAAACAGCUUGUUCCCCCUCCUCGAGCUGAAUCCGCAGCUGUUUGUCUUCGCCCUCGACUGCAGCGCCAAGGCCAUCGAGCUGUUGAAAGACCGCCUGCGCGAGGAGCACUCGGACAGAGUCCGCGCGUUCGUGUGCGACAUUUCUCGAGAAGAAAUCCCCGAACGAGAAAUUGUGUCAAGCAGCGUCGACUUCGCCACCAUGAUCUUCACCCUCUCAGCGAUAGCCCCUCGCCAAAUGGACUGCGCCCUAAGCAACGUCAAUCGGAAGCUCAAGGUUGGGGGACUGGUCUUCUUCAGAGACUACGGACUGUACGACAUGACACACGUGAGACUCUUCGCAAAAAAAGCCCAAAACCAACUGGGGGAAAACUUCUACAAACGAGCAGAUGGCACGUUCAGCUACUUCUUCUCUGUUCCGCUCCUCCGCGCCCUGUUCGAGAAAAACGGAUUCGAGACGCUGGAAUGCGACUACGAUGCGCGCACGCUGCUUAAUCGCAAGAGAAAAAUAAAAAUGGACAGAGUUUGGAUACAGGGCAAGUUCGCGAAGGUCAGGAAUGUGUGAUCGUGAUGCACGCCUCAAAUCAACCUCGCAUCGCGCACCCUGCGCGCAUUCCCAGACAUCUAACAAAAAGACCUCAACCAUGUAUAUACAAAAAAAAUAAAACUUUGUACCCAAACA